AUGAUCGGACCUGGGACUGGAUGCGCACCCUUUCGAUCCUACCUGCAGGAGAGGGUAGCGGCUGGCUGUCAUGAGAACUUGGUCAUGAUCUUUGGCUGUAGGAACCGCAGCAAGGAUCACUUUUUCCAAGAAGAGUGGGAGGGCCUGGAGAGUGAGGGGAAGUUGCAGCUCUACUGUGCCUUCUCUAGGGACCAGGAGGAUAAAGUGUACGUGCAGCAUAUCAUGAGAGAGAAUGCGGACACCUUAUGGGAUUUGAUUGGUAAUAAACAAGCCUUGGUCUACUUUGCUGGGAAUGCCAAAAGAGUGCCUAUUGAUGUGUAUGAGGCUCUGACAUACAUCUGUGAAAGAGGCAGGGGCCAGGGACCCCAGGAUGCAGAGACAUAUAUGAAAAAAGACCUCGAGAAACGAUACCAGACAGAAACUUGGGCCUAA